ACUCUUUACUAAAAUUAAGUUGUUCUUUCAGCACAUUAACCUAUUUGCGCCAUCUUAUGUUCAAAGUGUGUCACAGUGGGUUAAGAUUUAAAUGUAAUCUGUUGAUCUUCUUAAAUCUUUCAGUUGUGGGUACUUCAGGGUUUCAUUUAUUUUUGCUUCAGCGGAAAAUGACUGGUUGUUUGGUGACACUAUGCCGACUGCUAUGUUGGGGACUGUGUUGGCCUUUUCAUGUUAUGAAGAUCACGGGUUUGUAUCGUAUUUACAAACGUCUGUUUCCCACGCUCGCAUACAACAUCACAUUUUCAUACAAUGAUAAAAUGCACAAACGGAAGAGGGAACUGUUUCGAAACGUGGCCAGGUUUGCAGACUGCGAUGGCUCGCUUCGCCUGCUGGAGAUCGGCUGCGGGAGCGGGGCGAACUUCAGCUUUUACCCGCAUGGCUGCACGGUGAUCUGCACCGACCCCAACCCGCACUUUGAGAAGUACCUGCGGAUGAGCAUGGACAGAAAUGCGCAUUUGACCUAUGACGAGUUUUUAAUUGUCUCCGGAGAGGACAUGAAGGAAGUACAGGACGAGUCCGUGGACGUCGUUGUCUCUACAUUGGUUUUAUGCUCUGUCAACGACGUGCAGAAGGUCCUGCAGGAGGCCAGACGCGUCCUGAGAGCGGGUGGAGCCUUCUACUUUUUGGAGCACGUUAUUUCAGACCCCUGCUCAUGGACACACCACAUUCAGUACGUGUUUGAGCCUCUGUGGUACUACCUCGGAGAUGGUUGUGAAGUUACCAGAGCCACAUGGAAACACCUGGAGGAGGCCGGCUUUUCCCAACUUCACCUCAAACACUUCGAGGCUCCUAACGUCUCUUUAAUGAUACGGCCACAUAUCAUGGGAUUUUGUAUCAAAUGACUGAGACAAAAAUUCAGUUUAUUUGUGGGAUUUUACUCACAUUAAGCUCAGUUAAAAAUCACUACAAAUAUAUUUGUCUGGCGUCUAACUGGGAAAAAAAGAAAAUACUUGUUUUAGUUUUGGACCUCGUGUAACAAACUUUCAAAACUUGGAACAGUUCACAGGCUAAAAGCAACAGAUCUUUAUCAAAAGGCAACAUUUUCAUGUCCAACAAACAUUACAUUAGUCACACCCUUUCUUGAGUGAAAAUAUAUUUAUUUACUUGCAGAAUCAGCAACAUUUCAUACAUGGUUUGUUCUUCUUUCCCACUCCUCCAAAGA